AGCUUUUUCAGUUUUGCUAACAUCUGCCAUGACUGUAUGGAAGUGCAAAUUAGGUGACGAGACGGGGAAAAAUGGAAACGUGUGUGCACUGUCCAGUUUGCAGAGAAACUGUCUGACUAAAGUACAAGCAAAGAGUAAAAAAAAAAAAGGAGCCAGAGGCUUCCCUUAUCGUGUGUCAUCGCCGGCGGAACAAGGUUAUGCCUAAUAUUUAUUAAACCAAUUUUGCCCAUCGGAAGUAUUGUUGUUAGCGCUGGUGUAUCUUUAAAUGUUAAUAUGUUUUUGUUUCUUUGUAUGGAACGUCAAAAACGUGUCCAGUGGAGUCUGUAUUCGGGGUAUUACAUGUUGACCCUAACGUGUUGACUAAAAACAGAAGUAACCUAUUGAAGGGUAUUUCUUGACUUGGUUUUUAGUCUUUGGCGAUUGUUUAGGAAGUCACAUGAUGACGCUAGAAAUACUUCCUGGUUUAUCCGGAACCACAUGUGAAGCUGUUAGUGCAUAAUUUCCUUUUUUAAACAGGUUGUCCGUUGUUUGAGCAAUGUUUUCCUAAUUUUGGCCAUUUUUUCACUCCCGACUAUGACGAGUUCGUUCAGCAGUUUGUGCUACUUUCCGGUAUGAAGUAGAUUUAGGAUUUAUAAUAACGAUUCAAAGUAAGCCUAAAAUGUCAGAAAUAACCAAGGAUGUUGGAUUGACUCGGGACGGCGCCCUGGCUGACUUGAUAUCAGCAGAAUCAGGCCACGCCGUCCUGGAGAAGUCUCUCCCGGAUUGUGUGAAGGAAAUCUCGCAGCAUCUCGAGCGCCAAAAUCCAAAAGGCCCCACUGAAGUCGACAGCGAUUCGGGAGACAGCCUAUUUCUCACACAGGAGCCAGUCCCUCAGGCUGCGAGAGCAGUCAGACGGCGCAAAUCAUCACAGCGCACCUACGCCACCGAGGGAGAGGACAGUGGGGGGAUAACUUCGUCCGCUCAAAGACAUGACGAUAACCAUGAGAUGAGCACAAACAAAAAGAAACAAAAGCUAAAGUUACCAAACUAUAACUUCUCUUUUCUCACGGAAAGUUGGCACAGAGGCACCCAUUUAAUCAAGAGACACAAUAUAAGACUCCAUAAUUAUGUGACGGGGGGCUUCUUUAAAUGUGUAAAGUUGUGGCAGGGAACAAAUCAUUUCUGGAUGCCUCUACCAACAGUUGACCAAGAUGAUGAGGACAUAUCACCACUUACACAAGAUGGAGAAGACAAAUCUAGUCAUGAGGACAUCAAAGUGGUGGACAAAAAAUGUUUUCUGGCCAAAUCCAAAACAAAGCAGCAGCAACCCUGGUGCACACCACCACGGGGUACCAAGCAGUGGAAGCAUCAGCAGGAGGGAGGAGUUGUUACCCAAGAACGGGAGAAAAUAGUUGAAAUAUCCAGUAUGAGUAAUGAGUUGAAAUAUCAAUUGCCCACAUCAAGUAUGCCUUUGGUGGAAGAUGGAAAUGAUGCAGUAUGUUCCUCUUCAACUUGUAACAUUCCUGCUGUGUUGGGAAAUAAUGAACCGUUAAGAAACAAUAUGGUACAAAUCCAAACUCCGAGAAGCAAGAGGAUUCCUAUCCCAGAAGAAAGACAAGAACUCGUUGAUGCAGAGACUACAAACAAAUGUGUGCUAUUCAAAAAACAGAGCAAUGCAUCUCGGGAAGGGAGUGAUCAGCAGUCCAGGCAGGAAGAGGUUGAGGGGGUUGCCGCAACUUCCGUAACCGUGGAAACCACAGAUGAAAAUGCACUUGCACUGGAUGAAAACAGAAGGGACAACUUUUUACAUGUUGCCAACACUCCGAUGCCAGAAGACAGUGUAGCGGAUGGCGACCUGGCCUCGGUGAAAAAGACUAGAGACGAUGAGCAGGUUAACUCGCAGCUUGACCUCAGCGUAAAAGAAAAUGCUGCGUUUUCCCUCAGCCACAAUGACUUUACAGAGAAAACCGAGCGAGGCGAGGUUGAAGAGUUGUUCUGUGCGGUCAGCGAACCUCUAAAUGAUAACAGGCAGGGGGGAAAAAAGAAAAAAAAGAGAUCACGUCACAAACCUGGGAGUUUAGACAUUACUGCAGACCCUCAAGAAACUGACAAAAGAAAACACAAGAAGAUUGUUGAUACAGCUCAAGAAGAUAACAAUAGUGGGAAAUCUUCCAGUGAUGCCGCACGUUUGUCUCGAAGUACAAGGAAGACGAAGAAGAGAUCGUCCGUCACAGACAUUUUUGACACUCUAGACGAGACCCAACGUGUGGCGGACGAAACGAAGAAAACCACUGAAGACAAAGAGGUGCAACUGGUAAGCAAGAAAAAGAAGAAAAAAUCCGGCAGAAUGAUCCCAGAAGAUGAUGAGUUGGUGUCUGAAAGGGAAAAGAAAACCAAUGGAACCUCUUCCUUCCUUGUUGCUGAUGUGGAGGAAAGCAGUGCCUUGGAGGCGGACUCACACUUUAGGUUCAAGAAGAAGAAAAAGAAGUCUGCCAGCUACGAGAGCACAGGGGAUUUUGAGGGUGCAUCAUCAAACUGUGCUUUGCCGGAAACCAUUGAGGUGGGAUUGGGAGGUAAGAAGAGGAGAACUGACAGUCAAGUGGCGAGAAAGGAAAGUGCAGAUGGUUCUGGACAUUUGAAACCUGGUGAGCACAAGUUAAAAACGAAAAAGAACAAAAAUAAGGGUUGGCUGCAUCGUCAGACAGUGGGGACUUCACCUGUUGAGACUGGAGAAUCUGAAAACUCCACAGUCACCCCUUACAAGAAGAAGAAACGCGCAUCGUUAUCGCCGAAUCAAGCGCGCUGUACCGCUUCUGAUAAGGAAACACCGAACAUGCCCAAAGAUAACCCAUUAGAUGAUUUAAAAGACAAGAAGAAGAAGAAGAAGAAGAAGAGAAAAAGGCAGCACGGAAGCCUGCUGCGCUUGAUGAGGGGUUCUUGUCUGAAGAGGUUGUCCAGCAUAAAAGGCCAGAGAAGGAAAGAAAUCCAUCAGCACCCAAUCAGAUACUGAGUCACUUUUUUAAGUGUGCGUUUUAGGCUGUGUCAAGCAAAACAAACCAAAAGUGGUCAUAAGCUGAGAAGCGGUCCUCACACACAAUGACAGAGGGAUUUGUUAUCAUAAACAUUUGGACGACGCCUGAUCGGAUGCAUUGUGGUUGUCUCCAGUAAUGUAUUUCUGGUUUGUUUUGUAUCAAAAAUGUUUUCAUGAACAUGCCUAUAUUAAGGGUAGGUGUCCAUCUUGUGAAUAUAAAAAAGUCAACACAC